GGAUGAAAGGUGUAGAUCAGGACAGAGACCGACAGGUUUUAUGAGAGCAGAGAGAUCAAGUCAGAUUUAGAGUUUGGGGUACAUAGGCAAGGCAUGACAAACAGUGCAGUUAUAACACAUUGAGACGAGGAGACUGAAUUGAACAAUAAUAGAGGCCAUUUUGGGGUUCAGGGAUAAGGGUAUAGGGACCAGGGGCAGAGUUUAGUGUUUAUUUUUGUUUUUUUUGGGGUGGGGACAGGUGGAACGAGCAGCAUUGUCUUGAUGAGUACAGCAUUGCUGUCAGGAGUCAUAGAACGAACAACCACAGAGAUGGGGAACACAUGGAUKAUAGGAGUCCUCUCUCUCCUGGCUGUUUCUGCUACCUGGAGUUUGGAAACCGGACAUAACAACCACAUUUCUGUGACCUCUCACACUACCCCUCCUUCCACUUCAAUUACAUCUACAGAACUUCGACUGCAUGUUUCCAGAAGUGAACAUUUUCAUCUAGGCCAUGAGGUCAUCUUAACAUGCUGCAAUAAGACUUGGAGUGAAAUGAUCUACACCAUCUGGAAAAUAGACCGGGGUGGAACAGUGUGUCAAAUAUCAUCAGGUGUUAAUGACCAACCUCUUGACUCAUGCAAUGAUGGAAAAGUCAUGCUAAACACAACCAGUGGUGAAUCUUACCUACACAUUCCUGAGUUCUCAACCAGUGAUGAGGGAUUCUACUACUGUGAGUCAGUAUACAGAGGAGGGAGCAACUCUGCAAACAUUAAGGUAUCAGUUAUAGCUCCUCCCAUAGUGUCUGCCUCGCUGGAGUGGAAGGACCGUAGGAGGGUGGCUGUGUGUUUAGCUGAAGGGGGGAAACCAGCUGCCUCCAUCUCCUGGAGGAACCGAUGGAACUCUACUUCAACCAUAGCCAGCACUAYAGAGACCAWACAGAACCAAGAUGGCUCCUACUCUGUGGAGAGACGGUUGGUCCUGCCUGAUCUCAUCCCUAUGGGCAACCUGACCUGUGAUGUCAGACAUCCCUCCUGGGUUGAGGUGCAUACUGUGACACUGCAGAUCCCCGAAGGGGCCUCAAUACCCUGGCUACAUGUCAUCAUCUCCGUGGUAACCAUCAGUGUCAUUAUGGCUACUCUUGGUGGUUUAUACUUCACACGAAAACACCYCUGCAGAAUUAGCCCCGCAACACCGUCUGAGUCCAAGGCUCCUCAGGACUAUGUGGAGGAAGUAGAGCCCUAUGCCAGCUACGUGCAGCGUGUCAACUCCAUCUACAACUCCUCUGCAGACCUGUUCACAUAACACCCACACAACACACACACACAC